AUGAAUCCGAUGACACAGUUAUACUAUAAAAAGGUGAGCUACUCGCCGUACCGGGACCGCAUCCCGCUGCAGAUCGUGCGGGCCGAGGUAGAACUGUCUGCUGAGGAGAGGGCCUACCUCACUGCUGUGGAGAAAGGUGACUAUGCGGGGGUCAAACAUGCGCUCCGAGAGGCGGAGAUGUACUACAACAUGGACGUGAACUGCCUGGACCCGCUGGGCCGCAGCGCUCUCCUCAUCGCCAUUGAGAACGAGAACCUUGAGGUGAUGGAGCUCCUCCUGAACCACGGGGUCCACACAGGCGAUGCGCUCCUCUAUGCCAUCCGGAAGGAGGUGGUAGGAGCGGUGGAGCUCCUGCUGUCGCACAGGAGGCCCAGCGGGGAGAAACAGGUCAGGUCGAGGUCCGGUGAUACCCAACAUUGCAUUUUCACGCCUAAAUGUAUCCCUUUAUCUGUGUUUUUCCUUUCAUUUCAUUUCCAUUUUACUUUGCCGUAUAUUAAUUUGCAUUUGUACGGAUGCUCUGUUCAGGUCACAAUUCCCCGACCACACCAGAUCCGAUGUGACUGUGUUGAGUGUGUGUCCAGCUCCGAGGUGGACAGUCUGCGACACUCUCGGUCUCGACUUAACAUCUAUAAGGCUCUGGCCUCUCCCUCACUCAUCGCCCUGUCCAGUGAAGACCCCAUCCUCACUGCAUUCAGACUGGGCUGGGAGCUCAAAGAACUCAGCAAGGUAGAAAAUGAGUUUCGUCAGGAGUACGAGGAGCUGUCUCAGCAGUGUAAGCUGUUUGCCAAGGACCUUUUGGACCAAGCAAGGAGCUCCAGAGAGCUGGAGACCAUCCUGAACCACAGAGACAGCGACCAAAGUGAAGAGCUGGACCCCAGACAGUGCCAUGACUUGGCCAAGCUUAAACUGGCUAUCAAAUACCACCAGAAAGAGUUUGUGGCCCAGCCAAACUGUCAGCAGCUCCUGGCCACACUGUGGUAUGAUGGUUUCCCUGGCUGGAGGCGGCGACACUGGGUCGUCAAACUGGUGACCUGCUUAAUUAUAGGACUCCUCUUCCCUGUCUUCUCACUGAUCUACCUGUUGGCCCCUAAGAGCGCUUUGGGCCACUUCAUCAAGAAACCCUUCAUCAAGUUCAUCUGCCACACGGCCUCCUAUCUCACCUUCCUCUUCCUCCUCCUACUGGCCUCCCAGCACAUAGCCAGGACAAACCUCCACAUGCAGGGCCCUCCUCCCACCGUGGUGGAAUGGAUGAUCCUGCCAUGGGUACUGGGCUUCAUCUGGGCGGAGAUAAAGGAGAUGUGGGAUGGAGGCUUUACAGAGUACAUCCACGACUGGUGGAAUCUGAUGGACUUUGCCAUGAAUUCCCUCUACCUGGCCACCAUAUCACUGAAGAUUGUGGCCUAUGUCAAAUACAACUCAUCUCGCCCCCGGGAGGAAUGGGAGAUGUGGCACCCGACCCUGAUAGCCGAGGCUCUGUUUGCCAUCGCCAACAUCUUCAGCUCACUGCGACUCAUCUCCCUCUUCACUGCCAACUCACACCUGGGACCCCUGCAGAUCUCCCUGGGACGCAUGCUGCUGGACAUCCUCAAGUUCCUCUUCAUCUACUGUCUGGUCCUGCUGGCAUUUGCUAAUGGUCUGAACCAGCUGUAUUUCUACUAUGAGACCAAGGCCUCAGAUGAACCCAAUAACUGCAAGGGCAUCCGCUGUGAGAGGCAAAACAAUGCUUUCUCUACGUUGUUUGAGACCCUACAGUCUUUGUUCUGGUCCGUGUUCGGCCUGCUGAAUCUCUAUGUGACCAACGUCAGGGCCCGCCAUGAGUUCACAGAGUUUGUCGGAGCCACCAUGUUUGGGACGUACAACGUCAUCUCUCUGGUGGUGCUGCUCAACAUGCUGAUCGCCAUGAUGAACAACUCCUACCAACUCAUCGCUGACCACGCUGACAUCGAGUGGAAGUUUGCCCGCACCAAGCUGUGGAUGAGUUACUUCGACGAGGGGGGGACCCUGCCCCCUCCGUUUAACAUCAUCCCCAGCCCCAAGUCCAUCUGCUACCUGUUCAUGUGGGUCCAUAACAAGCUCUGCCGGCGGGGUCAGCCAUCCAGCAACGAUACCCACAAAUGCGAGAACCUGCGGGAGUUCACGGAGCGCCAUGCAGACAGCCUGAUACAGAAUCAGCACUACCAGGAAGUGAUCCGUAAUCUAGUGAAGAGGUACGUGGCGGCCAUGAUACGCAGCGCCAAGACAGAUGAGGGACUCACAGAGGAAAACUUCAAGGAGUUGAAGCAGGACAUCUCCAGUUUUCGCUAUGAGGUCUUGGAUCUCCUCGGCAACCGCCGCCCACCCCGUCGACACUACUCUUCUUCCAGCGAGCCAAUGAGAGACGAGGGGGCGAUGACUUCAGAAGACGACAGCGAAUCGGGCGACGGCGGAGGUGGAGGGAGCACAGGUCAGAUGGCGAAGGGCGUGAGCUUCCUGGAAGAUGAUGGGAGAGCCAUGCCCAAAUUUGGUGUCUCCGCCUUGGUGCGCUCUAUUUCUGGAAUGACCCGGGUAGAGAGAGGAGGCAGAGGAGAUGAAGAUGAGGAGGUUGAGGAGGGGGUGAGCAGGUGGGGUGGGGAGGAGGAGGAAGAGGAGGAGGAUGGUAAACCAAAGAGCAAUGGGCUGAAGACGAUCAUUGUCCCUCCAUCCUCCACAACCAUUUUCCCCACCUCCCCCACCACUUCUUCCUCACUCUCCUCAUUCUCCUCCUCCCUGGCUCGCACCAAGAGCCGUCUGCAGCGCCUGUCGGCACCGAGGGCCAAGACGGACUCCUUCAGGCAUCUCUCUUACCUGUUCUCUCGCUCUCAGCGCAAAGCCCCACCCCUGCCUCUCCCCCUUGUCCAAUCCCCUACCUCCUACACUAUCUCUGAUGGUUUGCUCAACCCGCUGGGCGGUCAUGGCAACACUGACUUUGGACUCAGUCAGGUUACUAGAAGCGAGACCCGCCUGAAUGAGGUGGGCCGUCACCCAGUCGACAGCAGCAACCCAUCCCUAUCCUCGCGGAGAACCAAUGGGAGGGACUCGCUACUGACGCUCCCCCUGCCACCGCCGUGCCCCUGCCAAUCCCUGCACUGUGCUUCCAACAUCUCCGAGUCCAGCUCCCGCCUCCUGGACUCGAAUGAGGACGUUUUCGAGGGGGAAGUGGGGGUUGACAGAGGAGGAGAUGGAGGAGGAGGAAGAAGAGGAGGCGAGAUAGGGAGAAGUGGAAAAGGGGGGAUGAUGAUGAUGGGCGGAUGGGUGGGACCCUGUGAGGAUUUCUUAGAGGACAGCUGCGAGGUCAUAGAGGACUCAGUUACCACGCAGCUAUAG